AUGGAUGAUCACACUCACUGGCGCUGCCGCCCGGUCACUGUAAGUCCAAGAGAUACCAACCGGAUUAGAAUCGCGUGUCGCGAUGAAGCCGAACACCAGCUAGUGAAGAAAGUGGCGGAAGCAAAGAUCGGUGCGGGAGCCCGGGUGCUUCGGGACGAGCUCUACCCGAUCAAGGUCGACAGCGUCAAAAGGGCUGCAGUACUGGAUGAAAACCAUGACGUCCUGUCAGGAGCGGCGGCAGCCCUUGGUGAGGAAAACGAAACUUCUGUCGCCAAAAUAACGUGGCUCAGCAGCAAGGAAGCCGCGAAGCCAUAUGGGUCAAUGGUCGUGUACCUAACCAAAGGCGCUGACGCGCGGAGGCUCCUGGCCGAGAGGUACUUCCACGUUGGAGGAGAAUCUGGGACAACCAGUAUCUUUGAAUAUCGACCACGACCGGUGCAAUGCUACAACUGCCAGGAGAUUGGUCACAAGGCAUUCCAAUGCAAGAAGAUCCUGAAGUGCGCCAAAUGUGCCACGGAGGGCCAUCACCACAGUCGCUGUGAGCAAGCGGUUCCAAAGUGCGUGCCAUGCGGUGGGCCACAUGAAUCAUAUAGCAAGAACUGCCGGAAACUCUACCCACCACGCCAUGAAUAA